AUGGAGUUUUUCUCCAGAUUAUGGUCACGGCGCAAGUCACCAGAUGUCCCGUCACAAAAUCCAGAUGUCUCCGAUCAACCGUUCUCACUCGCUGCAUUCAGCCCUUUCAGAGCUCCCCCACCACAUGAACGCGAACAUGCUGGAGGCUUACUGGAAAUACCCGGAGCAUUUCCACAUUCGAGAUCACCAUCACCGGUACCAUCAACACAGCCUGCGCAAAGCGAACGUGCCGAAAAUGACCUUCCAGUCUCCGAAUUUGGUCGUAUGGACCUUGAGUCCAUGGAUGUUGACCUAAGUACAUUUCCGCAGCUCCGCACAGAUUUGGGUACCCACCUUCAUCCAAGGCCUGUACGGUCAUUACCGUCCUCAUUAAAACCAACCAGGUUCGCUACUCCGGUAUCGCGACGCGAACCAAGUGUUGCCAGCAACAAUGCAGCCUCCACGCAAACAAUGCUCAUCGAAGAUCCCUGGGACGAACAGUUCAAAAGAUACGAGAGAAACCCAUUUGGACUCCCAGUGUCAGCCGUCCAACUCGUCACUCCAACGAAACCAAUACCGCCGGGCCGUGUGUCAUCCCUUUUCGCCAAAGAAUGGGACGCUCAUAAGAAACUGAAGCUCUCUCUUGAAGAGGAGCUUCGGCCGGGCGGAUACAGCUUACGGGCCAAGCGAGCUGUUGCAAAGUCUUUAGCAGGUGAUGAUUUGAUGGCGACAGACAUCGCAACUUGCGUCAAGCCACUCGCAUGGCUGAAUGACGAGAUCAUCAAUUCCUACCUGGGGAUUAUCAUCCAAUAUUUAAGUCAAUCGGCGGGGAAUGCCGAGCCGGCCGAGGCUCCUCGGUUUCAUGCUUUCAACACAUUCUUCUAUACAACCCUCCGACAGAAGGGAUACGAUGGCGUGCGCCGGUGGGCAAAACGAGCAAAAAUCAAUGGCGAGAGCUUACUGGGGGUUGACAUGGUCUUUGUGCCCGUGCACGAGUCCUCUCAUUGGACUUUGAUGGUCAUACGGCCAGCAGACCGAACUAUUGAAUACUUUGACUCAUUGGGCUCUCGAGGGAAACGUCAAGUGGGUAUUAUCAAAGAAUGGCUACGAGGGGAACUGGGCGCAAGCUACGUUGAUGAUGAAUGGUCAGUUCUUCCCUCCGUGUCUUCUCAGCAAGACAACGGGAGUGACUGUGGUGUGUUCCUCCUUACAAACGCAAAGGCCGUUGCGCUGAACAUUGAGCCUACUGCGUUCGGUGCUCGCGACACAAGUACUCUUCGCAAGAAGAUCAUUGCAGAAAUCAUGAAUGGCGGACUCCAUGGCGAGUUUGAUCCCGUAGACAAGUCUGGGAAUGUCCUGCUAUGA